AUAGCUUAGCCGGUAGAGCUGCAAUUGGUGGUGAUUAUGGUAGCGGUUUUGGUUUAUUUAUUGGCUAUAGGAAGUCUACACUUAGCCACGUCAGAUACUUUGGAGACAAUUACUUCGCACAAUUUUCCCGGGGAGAAGCAUCAAGUGGUGACCACCGAUGGCUACAUCCUAACCCUGUUCCGCAUCCCAUAUUCGCCGACUCUUCACAAUGAAAAGCUUCCCAAGAAGGUUGUCUUUCUUCAGCACGGCAUCUUGGGUUCUUCAGAUUCCUGGUUGCUGACAGGUCCUCGAUAUGCUCUGCCCUAUGUGCUCUCUAAUUCUGGCUAUGAGGUUUGGCUGGGCAAUUCUCGGGGAAAUCUUUACGGACGUAGACACAAGAAGUUGAGCCCGGAAAAGGAACAGUUCUGGCAGUUCACCUUCCACGAGCUGGGAGUCUACGACCUACCCGCCCAAAUAGAUUAUGUGCUGAACAUCACUCAACAGAAGGAACUCCAAUUUGUGGCCCACUCUCUCGGAGGCACUGAGUUUUUAGUGAUGCUCUCGGAGAACCCGCAGUACAACCGAUUCUUCAGGUCCGUCCAUUUGUUGGCUCCGUUGGUCUUCUGUACUCACCCAAAAUCGAAGCUUUGGUCCAUGGUUGCAAAGGCGGCUCCCUUGUUGACGGAUGAAGAGUACUCGGCCGGUAGCUUGACAUCCGGUGUUAUGAAUAUGAUUUGCAACAUUGCGAUUUCCUCCUUGUGCCAAAAUAUAAUGUUGGUGCUUAUUGGCGGAAAAUCAUCUUAUAUUACUGAUAAAAUCAAGCCCAGUAUCGCCUCCGUGGAGUCCACGGGUGUUUCAACUCGUCUGAUGAAGCACUUCGCCCAGCUGUAUGAGUCGGGUCACUUUGCCAAGUAUAGCUACGGAAAGGCGGAAAAUAUGAAAAAGUACGGUAGAGUCACUCCGCCGGAUUACAUCCUGAAGAAUGUGAUGCCGGCCGGACAGUUCUAUGUGUACCAGAGCGGAACGGAUGACCUGGUGAGCAAUGAGGAUUUGAACCAUCUGACCACCGCAGGGCUCAACUUUAUUGAGCGGCGUGUGUCAGUCGCUAAAUGGAAUCAUCUGGACUAUGUCUUUGCCAAGGAAGCUGAGAAACUAAUUUACCGGCAAAUCGUUACAAACAUGGCAAUGAGUCCUUCAAAAAGUCCUUGAAUUCAUGGCAAGAGUCGCUUUGCUUUGUUGAGCUUAAC